GACACCACUUGCCCGAGUGAGUGACUUCGACUCACACACACGGGACUGGUGAGGUUAUGUUGACACUCGUGCGGGCUGCGGGCGCGGGCUGGCCACCCCUCUCUCUCUCUACACACUAGGGACGGACCGGUUCCACACUGUCUCUGUCUCUCGCUCACUCGCAUGCCCACGCCCUACCCAUUCGCUCUCUUGUCCGGCGGCGCGGCGGGCUCGCGGGGCCGUGCCUAGCACAUGUCGCGGGCGAUGCCUGCCCCUGGUGGGUAGGCAGCCAGCACAGGAUCACGGCGGGGCGCGGGGGCCCGCUUGCACUCCGCCCGACAGGCAGGCCGGCACUGUCGACUCGACUCGACUCGACUCGUCCCGCGACCCACGGCGCCUGGCGCGGCCGGCGCGACUCGACGCCCCCUCGACAACGAACGAACGGGGCACCCAGCGCGGGGUAGCGACAGCGCGCUCCACCGGGGAUACCCCGAACCGUGGCAUCGAUACUCCUGGCUCGCAUUUACUCUCACACCGUCAUACACCAUACACCGCAGUCACAACAAACAAUGGCAACCGCUCGAGAAAUCCUCACGAUUCAGUUGGGGCACUAUUCCAACUUUGUUGGAACUCACUGGUGGAACUCACAGGAAGCUGGAUUUAACUACUCUGGAAAACCUUCAGAUAUAAAUCAUGAUAUAUUAUUCAGAGAAGGCAUCAACUCUCAGAACCAGGUCACCUUUACUCCUCGUUUGCUGCUUGUGGAUCUAAAGGGAAGUCUCCAACAUCUGCGGAUUCAAGGAGAACUCUACGAUGUACCCGUUCCUGAUGUCAAUGAAGCUCCAUGGCCGACAGAUAAAGUGCAAGUGGAAGUUUCUCCUGAAAAGGAAGAGAAAAAUGAAUUCCUGAAAGAUGUUGAGACUGGUAAUGCAAGUUCUGCAGGAGGUGGAGAUGGCACUCCUAAACCCGCUAAAGUUUAUAAUUUAGACAAUGAUGUGAAAACCUGGAGCAACUUUCUAGUAUCUCGAUUUCAUCCACGCACUGUGUUAGUAUCAAAUGAAUAUGAGCACAAUUCAGAACAGCAACCAUUUGAUAUCUAUAACUAUGGAACAAAUUUAUUUAAAAAUCGAGACUUUGAGGAAGACCUGACUGAUCGUAUUCGUAACUAUAUGGAGGAAUGUGAUAAUGCACAAGGCUUCCAAAUUCUUUAUGAUGGUACAGAUGGAUUUGGAGGUAUUGCCAGUAGUCUGUCAGAGUUCUUGGCAGAUGAAUAUCGUAACAAAAGUAUUCUUGCUGUACCUCUCAUUUCUCCAAUUGGAGACAUAACACCUUUACAAGAGUGUGUAAGGACAGUUAACUUUGCACUUAGCUUGCAAAAAGUUUCUGAGCUAGUGUCAUUUGUUGUUCCUCUUGGGACAGACAGUACAAACUGGAGAAGUGCAGGUGCACCUCGUACUUUCCCUCACCUUCAAUAUAAUGCAUCUUCACCAUACCACACGAGUGCCAUACUUGCCUCUGCCAUUGAUACCUUCUCACUACGAUAUCGGCUGAAAACUGGUUCUGAUCGGAUGUCUGAUAUGAUUGAUCCAAUGAGCCGCCAUGGCCGAAGGGUCGCUUGCUGUUCAUUGGGACUUCCAUUUGGCAUACAGGAAGGUGGCAAUCUUCUACAUACACUUGAGACUUGGGAAGGCCCUCUAUGGACAUCCAUUACACCCCACUGUGAUCCUGAUAUGGAGGAUCUUACUAAAAGACUGUGGAUGCAAUCUGUGGUUCUUAGGGGAAUUCCACAAUCAAGACUGAGAGGAGCUGUCAACAAUGAAGGAGGUGCAAAUCCAGGAAUGCCAUGUGACAGUCCGUCACAGCUGCUGCAAGCUUACCUAUCUUUCAGCACAAAUGGCACUUAUUCCCAUGUCUCAUCAAGUGAGGCACUCUGGAAGGUGAAGCCCCCUUUUCCUCGUAUUUUCAAGCCGUCAGUUGCUCUUAAUGGAGAUAUUCUCAGUCAUGGUAGCAGAUCUGAACUUUUAAAUAUGAAUGAGGUACCUGUCGUUGCUAGUGUUAACAGUUGUGAUUCUAUUGGAGUAAUGUUGAAAUCACUACACUCAGAAACAGCUAGACUCAAUAUCCGGCGUUUCCCUGCAUAUGCUAAAGCAGGUCUUGAAGCUGAUGAAUAUGAAGAAAGUCUAGAGAGUUUGUAUGCUUUGGCAGAAAACUAUGAUGAAAAGUAUGAAAUCUAAAAUAUCACGAACUAACAAACUCAUUUUAAAAGUGCCAUUUAUUGCGUAUCUUUUAUCAUGCUCCUACACUUGCCAGAAAAUAUCAUGUUGGUGUAACAAUAAGAAACUAAUCUGUCCCAUUAACAGAAUGUAUUGCAAGAAUUUCAAAUGAAUGUGUAAAAUGUUAGUCGGAUUACUUUUCUAUAUCUUGUUUCAAUUUUUAGUUGGUAGUGAUGAUAUGCAAAGGAAUUUUUAAGACUGUGUGGAUUUAAUGUCUUUUCUGUCCACGACCGCAUUGUUAAAAAUUUAUUGUGUCGUUAAUUUCUGAAAGUUUCACACCAUAAAGCACUUUUAUUUUAA